AUGAAGCUGUCGACGUUGAUUCUGGCGCUGGUGUGCCUCUCGCAGCUGGGCGGAAGCUCAGCGAAUCAAGCUACUGACAUCAUGCGCCGCCAACUACGCGUGGGGAAGGCAGUAGCCUCGCUCUUCGAGAACCAGCACCAGACGACGCGCGAGCUGGAGGAAAAGAUUAUGCAAGAUGAAGACAACAAACCCAACGAGGUGCAAGCUGACGCCUCCAAGUUCCGUGUGCGCCGUUUGCGCUCGCCUGACUAUGUGGAGCUCAUCGAAUAA